UAUUUCAAAGCUUCAGUUCCUUUGAAAAAGGUUCCGACCGGCGACGAAUUUCAUCUUUCGUAAAUGGAAAAAAUGGAAAAUCUAGGAAGGGAAAUCAUGAAUUUUGAUCGUGUUCAUUGUAAUACGAAGGAUAUCGAAACCCUAGAACACUAACAGAGAAAUUCCCAAAGAUGUCGAAGAGACAAUCAUGGUCGAUUGAGUUCAAGCUAGAGGUAUAGAUCUUGGUCCUGAAGAUUUUAAAGCUUCAAUUUCUCUGGAAAAGAUUGUUGUGUCGUGCCGCUGCACUCGAUAGGAAUCGUCAGCCCCUUUUUUAACUCCACCCUUGGCAGUUGGGCUUCAAGCUUAAAAAAAGGGGGGGGGGGGAGAUUAAAGAAGAAGAUGAAGCGGAUUUGUUUACAGGAGCAGCAACAUAGGGCCCCUUUGCCCUCAGGCCCUUGCAGUUGGGUUGCAAGCUUUGAAAAAACAGAAAAAGGAAAAAAGAAAGGGGAUUGAAGAAGAAGAUGAAAGGGAUUUGUUUACAGGAGCAGCGACAAAGGGGAUUGAAGAAGAAGAAGGGGACAUGCAACAUUUGACGAAGUAAUCAAGAAGCAGAUGUCUCACGAUCAGCUCCGAGAAGGAGUACCAUUUGCUGACUAUGUGCUCCGAUAGCUCUUCAUCUACUUAGUUUUGGUUCCCAUCCAUGGUUUGAACUCUCUGUGAGCUCUGUUCACCUUGGUCUUUCAGCUGGUUUUCCUCACACAGAACGGAGCUCCUUCUCUCAAACCUUCCCCACACAGAACAAACAAACGUAAAGACAGGAAGCGCAAGCCUCAAGCACUGCGGCUUCCCCAAGCCAUUUUGGCUCAAGCACUGCAGGCUGCUGCUUCCCCGGAAUCGUUUAUGAUGAAGUGGUGAUGGUUGAUGGAGAUUGAAACCCACCACCAAAGAUUUCACAACUACUGAAGACACAGAUUCUCUGCAUCACAAUACAUCUGAAAGGAUUGUUUCAUACUAAUGGCCACUAAGCUGCUAUCUCCUUGGCAAUCUGGGGUUUUCUCUAGGAUUUCUAGCCGCCCAUCCCCCUUCACCUUCCUCCGUGGCUUCUGUUCAGAUGAUACCUCCUCAGUUUCAGAGAUCCCACCAAUCGAGUCUCAGUCUCCCUCAACCGAAUCUGAUUCAGCCCCGAAUGUGGAUGUAAAGGAAGAAAACGCAAUUGGAGGCCUUGAAGAAAACAUUCCGCGAAGAAUCCCACGUGGUAAGCAUCCUCCAAAACCAGAAAAGUUAGAAGAUGUAAUCUGCCGAAUGAUGGCAAAUCGGGAGUGGACUACCCGAUUACAGAGAUCGAUCAGAGAACUUGUUCCUGAAUUCGAUCACUCUCUUGUCUGGAAUGUUUUGCACGGAGCCCGUAACUCUGAGCAUGCUUUGCAAUUCUUUAGGUGGGUCGUUAAGACUGGUUACCGCCACGACCGAUCGACCCACCUGAAGAUGAUUCAAAUCUUGGGCCGAACUCGGAAACUCAAUCAUGCCCGAUGCAUUCUCUUUGACAUGCCCAAGAUGGGUGUUGAAUGGGAUGAAGAGUUUUUCAUUGUUCUAAUCAGUAGUUAUGGGGAAGCUGGGAUUGUUCAGGAGUCGGUAAAAAUGUUUCGUAAAAUGAAGGAAUUAGGUGUGGAAAGAACUGUCAAAUCUUAUGAUGCUUUGUUCAAAGUGAUCAUGCGCCGGGGACGAUAUCUAAUGGCGAAACGGGUUUUUAAUGAAAUGCUGGCUGAAGGGGUGAUGCCGAUCCGCCACACAUACAAUGUUUUGCUCUGGGGCUUCUUCCUUUCUUUGAAGGUGGAAACUGCGAAUCGAUUCUUUGAAGACAUGAAGAGCCGGGGAAUCUCUCCUGAUGUGGUGACAUACAACACAACGAUUUAUGGGUAUAUCCGGGUGAAGAAGAUGGAGGAGGCAGAGAAGCUUUUUGUGGAGAUGAAAGGGAAGAAUUUGAACCCAACUGUGGUCAGUUACACUUCCAUGGUCAAAGGAUAUGUCUCAAUGGGCCAGGUUGACGAUGGCUUGAGAUUGUUUGAUGAAAUGGCUUCGUUUGGAAUCAAGCCAAAUCAUAAUACUUAUUCGACCCUGUUGCCAGGGCUGUGUGAUGCAGAGAAGAUGUCAGAAGCUCAUAAACUUGUUGAGGAGAUGGUGGAGACACACCAGGCUCCUGAAGAUAAUUCGAUCUUCUUAAGAUUGAUCUCUUGUCAAUGCAAGGCAGGUAAUUUGGAUUGGGCUGCUGAUGUCCUCAAAGGUAUGAUUCGAUUAAACCUUCCAGUGGAGGCAGCACACUAUGGCGUCUUGAUCGAAAGUUUCUGUAAGGCAGGGGCAUAUCAGAGGGCUAUCAAGCUAUUGGACAAGGUUAUUGAGAAAGAGAUCAUCUUGAAUCCAUCAAGUUCGUUAGAGAUGGAACCGAGUGCAUAUAACCCUAUAAUUGAGUACCUAUGCAAUAAUGGGUGGACUGUGAAGGCAGAGGUUUUUCUCCGGCACCUGAUGAAAAAGGGUGUUCAGGAUCCAGCUGCAUUUAACAAUUUGAUCCGUGGACAUUCAAAGGAUGGGACCCCAGAUACUGCUCUUGAGAUUCUUAAGAUAAUGAGUAGGCGUGGGGUUCCUUCAGAUGCUGAUGCAUACAAGUUACUGGUUGAGAGUUUCUUAAGGAAAGGGGAGCCGACAGAUGCUAAGAUUGCUUUAGAUGGUAUGAUUGAAAGUGGGCAUCUACCAGAUCCUCUAAUCUUUAGCUCAGUGAUGGAGAAUCUGUUUGAUGAUGGUAGGGUUCAAACUGCAAGUCGGGUGAUGAAAAGCAUGGUAGAGAAGGGGAUAAUGGAGAAUAUGGACUUGGUUGCUAAAAUCUUGGAGGCCCUUCUCAUGAGGGGUCAUGUUGAGGAAGCCCUGGCAAGAAUUGAACUGCUGAUGAAUAAUGGCCAUGUUCCCAACUUCGAUAACCUUUUGACUGCUCUUUGUGAGAAGGAAAAGACAAUUGCGUCUCUCAAAUUGUUGGAUUUUGGUUUGGAAAGGGAUUGUAACUUAAGUUUCUCAAGCUAUGAUAAAGUAUUGGAUGCACUUUUGACAGCAGGAAAGACCCUCAAUGCUUAUUCCAUUUUGUGUAAGAUUAUGGAGAAGGGUGGGGUCACUGAUCGUAGUAGCUGUGAAGAUUUGAUCAGGAGCCUCAAUGCAGAGGGAAACACAAAACAAGCUGAUAUUCUCUCAAGGAUGGUCAUUAGAGGGGAGAGCAUCCGAAGUGGCAAGAAGGGGAAGAAAGUUGCGGCUAGUGUACAUUGAGUUCUGUUGAAUCACUUUCAUCAGUUUUCUCUUACUGUCCAAAUUGAGGAUAGAUUGGGUUGUGGGUUCUACUUUGAGGAAUCAAUAUGGGCGAAAUUGAAUUUGUAACAAAUUUGAUUUGGUCUUUUUUUUUUUGAGGACCUUUUCCUUUAUCGUUUUCUUUUAGUCUGUUUGUAUCUUUUGUUCCAAAAAGAGGCUCGGUCUCGAAGUUUUCAGUUAUUGACCAAAGAAUUCAAGGGAUUUAUCUUCCUACUCUUUUUAUUAUA